AUGUCAAAGGACUUCGUUAUCAAGCCAGACACUAGCGGUCCUACCCCCGAUACCGCAGAAUGGCCAUUACUUCUAAAAGACUACGACAAGUUGUUGAUGAGAAGUGGACAUUAUACCCCCAUUCCUGCCGGUAGUUCUCCAGGUAAAAGAGAUAUAAAAUCGUACGUUAAUUCAGGUGUUAUAAAUUUGGAUAAACCAUCUAACCCAUCCUCUCACGAAGUUGUUGCCUGGAUUAAGCGUAUUUUGAGAUGUGAAAAGACCGGUCACUCAGGUACUUUAGAUCCAAAGGUUACUGGUUGUUUGAUUGUUUGUGUCGACAGAGCUACUAGACUAGUUAAGUCUCAACAAGGUGCUGGUAAAGAGUAUGUUUGCAUUGUGAGGUUACAUGAUGCUUUGAAAGAUGAAAAAGACUUGGGACGCUCUCUAGAGAGUUUGACCGGUGCCUUGUUCCAAAGACCUCCACUCAUUUCUGCUGUGAAACGUCAACUUCGUGUGCGUACAAUUUACGACUCUAACUUAAUUGAAUUUGAUAACAAGAGAAACUUGGGUGUUUUCUGGGCUUCUUGUGAAGCCGGUACUUAUAUGCGUACCCUCUGUGUUCACUUAGGUAUGCUUCUAGGUGUUGGUGGUCACAUGCAAGAACUGCGUCGUGUAAGAUCUGGUGCCCUAUCUGAAAAUGAUAACUUGGUCACCUUGCAUGAUAUAUUAGAUGCUCAAUGGGUUUAUGACAAUACUAGAGACGAAUCUUACUUGAGAAGAGUCAUCCAACCAUUGGAAACACUGCUUGUCGGUUACAAGAGAAUAGUAGUUAAGGACUCCGCUGUUAAUGCCGUAUGUUAUGGUGCCAAGUUGAUGAUUCCAGGUUUGUUGCGUUAUGAAGACGGUAUAGAACUUUAUGACGAAGUGGUUCUAAUCACUACGAAGGGUGAAGCCAUUGCUGUGGCCAUUGCUCAAAUGUCUACCGUAGAUUUGGCUACUUGUGAUCACGGUGUUGUCGCCAAGGUGAAGAGAUGUAUCAUGGAAAGAGAUUUGUACCCAAGAAGAUGGGGUCUAGGUCCUGUUGCUCAGAAGAAGAAGCAGAUGAAGGUCGAUGGUAAAUUGGAUAAAUAUGGUCGUGUCAAUGAGUCUACACCUGAAGAUUGGAAGAAAUCUUAUGUUCCUCUAGAUAAUGCUGAAGCUCCUGCCGCUAGAGAAUCUGCACCAAAGGAAUCUGCUCCUUUGGUGCAAGAGGUGGACAAGAAGGAUGAGGAAGAGAAGAAGGAAGAAAAGAAGGAAGAAAAGAAGGAAGAAAAGGAAGAAAAGAAGGAAGAAGCUGAAGAGAGUGAUGAUGAGGAAAAGAGCGACAAGAAGUCUAAGAAAGAAAAGAAAGACAAGAAGGAGAAGAAAGACAAGAAAGAAAAGAAGGAGAAGAAGGAGAAGAAAGAAAAGAAGGAAAAGAAGAGAAAGGCCGACGAUGAUGAGGAUGGAGAAUCUAAGAAGAAGAAGUCCAAAAAAUAA